AUAGUUUAAAAAAUAAAAUUAAACUGCAAAUUUCUCUUUUUGUUUACAUUUUGAAUCAGACAAUUUUUUUUUCUUCUGUUUGGUAUCGUGUUACAUGUAACCAAUUUAUAUUUACAGCCAACCAAUAAGUCAUUCUUCUUUCGUUCUUAGACCUUAUCAGCAUCAUCAUCAUGUCUAAUCAAUCUCAGAAAGAAGACAUCAGGAGUCAAUUAUCUGAUUUCCAACGACGUCUCUUUAAUAAGAAAUCUCAAUCUUCUUUGACGAGUAAUAAUCAUGGUGGGGUUACCAAUCAAUCAAGAUCGUAUGAUGAUGAAGAUCAAGAGAAUAUCUCACCUCCAGGCUUAUCAACCAAACGAUCCACCUCAAUCCUGGGUGGAAGUAGUAGUAGUGGAACUCGCAAUCAUAGUCAUUUACCUUUACUUGGAGGCCCCUCUCAAUCAUCAUCGUCUAGGCCCCUUAGUGCUAAUUUAGGACCAGAAUCAAAAGGUAAUGAUAUGAAUUUUGUAGUUGGAUUAAGUGAAAAUUUAUUAGGGGAAUGUCGUCGAUUAACAGUUGAGAAUCAAAAAUAUAAAUCAAAAUUAAAAGCUUCCUUAGAUGAAAUGGAAAUGAUUAAACAUGAAAUAUCUCAAUUAAAAAGUUCAAGAUCAAAUCAAUUAAAUCAAGAACUGAAUUUGAAGGAUAAAAAUUGGCAAUUAGAAACUAAUCUUGACAAUCUUAAUGAUCAUGUUAAUACUUUGACUAUUAGUAAGGAUAAACUACAUCAAUUAAAUCAAGAUUUACAAGUGAAAUUCGUUGAACUUCAAAAGGAAAAUGAUUUAUUACAUUUGAAAAAUGAUAAGUUAUCAAAUGAAUUUAAUAUUUUAAAGACUAAUACUACUGAAGAAUUAAAUGAAUUAAAUGGUAGGAUAGAUCAACUUAAUGAUGAAAAUGAUGAGUUACAUUUAAAAUUAUCUCAAGAUACUACUUCUUCAUCUCAUGCUUUAAAAGAUAUAACUAAUCUUCGUGCCCUUUCUUCAGAAGAUGAACAAGAUAAUGAUGAAGAUGAAGAUGAAACUUUGGAUCUUGAUGAUAUUCUUUUGAAAUCUCAAGUCAAUAAUCAUCUUCCUACUAUUGAUCCUAAAAAUCCUCAAUUAGAAUCUGAAACUUUAAGAGCAACUUUAAAUCAUUCUAAUAGAACUAUCGCUAAAUUAAGAUCAGCUUUAUUAAAAUUAAGAAAAGAAGUUGAAUCAAAUAAUCCAACGGAUAAUAUUAGAACUACAACUCCAUUAAAACUUCAACCUUUAAAAGCAAGAAAAUUAACUUCAAGAUCAUUAACCAAUUCAUCCCAAAGAAAUUCAAUCAUAUCACCUUCAAAGAGAAAUUCCACACUUUUAAUUUCCCAUGAUGACACUACCGGUAUUAGUGAAGAAAAUGAAGAAUGGGAAGAUUUCAUUGGUGACAGUCUUAAUAUCAAUAAACAUAUAUUCCCUAAUAAUCCUUCUACAACUCCCUCUAAAUCAAAAAUUGGUAGUCAACGUAUACUUCCUCAAUUAAUUAAUUCAUCAUCUGAUUCUGAAAAUGAAACUGAUGAUCAAUUAUCUCCAACUAGAAAGAUUUCAGUUUUAUCAAAGGAAUUAUUAAGCAAUGUUAAACCUUCAAAACAAGAUCUUGAUGAUUAUGUUAAGGAAAAUAAUUUAGUAUUAUUAACUUCAACUCAAUAUGAUACUUUGAAUGAACAUAGUAUCCAUUCUAUUAAAGAAUCUGAAUUGAAACAAUUAGCUGAAAGUAAAGGAUUUGUCAUUCUUGGUCAACAGGAAUACCAAGAUUUAAUUGAUGAUAAUGAAAUGCAAAAGAAAUUAGAAUCAAAUGGUUUAGUUUCAUUACCUAUAGAUGAAGUACAAGAACUUAAAAAUAUAUCUCAAUCAUAUCAAAAUCCAUCCCUUGAUUAUUUAAAACAACAUUCGGAAUUAAAAUCAUUCACAUUGAUUAAUAAUGAUGAGCUUUCGAAUUUAACAAAGAUGUCAAAGAAUUAUCAAAAUCCAUCCGAAGAUUAUUUAUUUAAUAAAAUUGAUAAAUUAAACUUACAAACUAUGCCCAAGGAUGAAUAUGAUCAAUAUCAAAGUUUACUCAUCGAUCAUGAAAAACCAUCCAAACAAUAUUUAACAUCAAAGGCCAAUGAAUUAGGAUUAAUCUUAAGUCCAAAGGAUUAUCAUGAUGAAUUAUUGAAAACGAUAAAUCAACCUUCUAUCGAACAUAUCAAGUCCAAGGCUGAAGGUUUAGGAUAUACCACGAUAGAUCAUCAUGAAUUUGAUAAUUUGAAUAGACUAGCCAAUAAUCCAAAUUUGAAUGAAGUUAAAGUUCAUGCCGAUAGAUUAGAUUUGGUUACUUUAUCCAAGAAGGAAUAUACUGAUUUAUAUAAAUCAUCAAAUGAACCAACUAUCGAUCAAAUCAAAGCUAAUGCCAACAGUAAAGGAUAUCAAAUCAUGAAAUCUUCAGAUUUAAGUUCUCUCUCUGAAUUGGCUAUUAAUCCUACCGAAAGACAUCUUCAAUCGAAAGCUAAAGCGUUGGGAUAUACUCUUAUUGCAGAUAAUGAUUAUAAUCAAUUAACUAAUCCAUCAUUAUCUCAUCUUGAAUCAAAAGCAAAGGAUAUGAACCAUGUUAUAGUUCCAUUCGAUGAACAUGAAAAACUCAAACAAUUAACUUCGUCUCCACCGUUGGAACAUUUAACUUCAAUGGCAGAUAAAUUCCACCAUAAACUUGUCCCAGUGGAAGAUUAUCAAGCCUUACAUACUUUGGCCAAUGAACCUUCUGUAGAUCAUAUAAAACAGAAGGCGGCUGAACAAAAUCAUACGUUACUUUCAAAUUCAGACUAUGAGAAUCUUAAUACUUUAGCACAUAAUCCAAGUUUGGAUCAAGUCAGAUCUACUGCUGGUCAAUUAGAUCAUACUGUUGUCGAUACCAACGAAUAUAACAGAUUAGUUCAUUUAUGUACUUCACCUACUAUUGAUGAAAUUAGAGGAUAUGCUGAUGCUUUAAAUUAUGAUGUCAUUGAUAAGAAAGAAUUAUCAACAUUAACUAAACUUGCUAAUGAACCUGAUGUUAAUCAUAUAAUAAAUAAAGCUAAUAAUUAUGAUAUGCAAGUUAUACCCACCAAUGAUCUUGGUGAUUUGAAAGAACUUGCAUAUAAUCCUAGCCGUAAACAUCUCGUUAAUCUUGCAUCUAAGAUGAAUUGUGAAGUUGUUGAUAAUCAUGAUAUUGAAACUUUAAGGGUCAAUUCUGAUAAUCCAUCUCAUGAACAUCUUAAUACCAAGGCAAAGAGUGCUGGAUUUGCUUUAAUUGCCGAACAAGAACUUGAAGCAUUGAAAGAAAAUGUUCAAAAUCCAACUCAAGAAUACCUUGCUGAUAAAGUUAAAGUUUUCGAUUCAGUCAUUGUUCCAAAUUCUACCCUUGAUGAUUUAAAUAAUAAGACACAACAUCCUAGUAUUGAAGUUGUGAAACAAGUUCUUUCAAGUAUGGAUUCUACCAUAAUUCCUAAUGCUGAAUUAGAAUCAUUAAAGACAUUAGCGCAUUCUCCUCCAACUGAUCAUAUUAUUGCUAAGGGCGAUGAAGCUGGUUUAGUUGCUAUUCCGAAAGAAAAAUACGCAACCUUAGAUCAAACCGCAAAUAAUCCACCUAUGGAUUUCCUUAAACAAAAGGCAGAAUCAUUAUUCCAUAGUAUUAUUGAAGCUGACGAAUUACAAAGGUUGCAAACAUUGGAAGAAUCACCUUCUGAUGAAUUUGUAAUUAAAUCAGCAGAAAAGAAGAAUUUAACUACGAUUUCAAAUGAUGAAUUCUCAACCUUAUCAAAUAAUGCCAAUACUCCAAGUGUUGAACAUCUUAAAUCAAAAGCUUCAGCAUUAGGCUAUGAAAUCAUUUCUGUACCUGAUUAUAUUUAUCUCCUGGAAAAGGCUGAAAAUCCUAAUAGAGAACACAUCAGACAGCUUGUUACCAAUAUUGGGUAUGAAAUGGUUCCACAAGAUGAGUACCAGGAAAUGAUCAAAUCGAUUGAAUCUCCUUCUGCUGAUUAUAUUUCUAAACAUGCGAAGGAAUUAGGAAGUGUGGUAUUAAGCGAGGAAGAAUAUAAUGAAUUAAACAAUUCUGCUCAUAAUCCAACAACUUAUCAAAUCAAGAAUCAUGCUACUAAAGCCGGAUUUACUAUUAUUGAAAAGCCUAAGUUUGAAGAACUUGAGAAUAUGGCUCGUAAUCCAUCUAUUGAUCAAAUAAGAAGAUCAGCCUCAAAUAAGAGAUAUAGUAUUUUGGAAGAUGAUGAGUUCCAAAAUCUUAAGACGUUAGCUAAUGAACCAACUAAAUUCCAUUUAACUGAAAAGGCGAAAGGUUUAGGUUUGGCUGUUAUCGGCGUUGAAGAAUUGAGCAAAUUACAAAAUCCAUCAAAAGAUGAUGUGAAGAAUCUUGCCCAGAAAUUUGGUGCUGUUGUCAUUGAUGAUUCUGAAUUAAAGGAUUUGAAACAACAAAUAGAAUACCCAACUAAAGAAUUCAUUGAAGAUCAUUCUAAGAAACAUGGAUUAUCAACUUUGUCAAAUAAAGAAUAUAAUGAGAUAUUGGCUAAAGCUCAUGAACCAACUCAAGAUCAUAUUAUGGAAAAAGCCGCCAAACUUGGAUUAGUCGCAAUUCCUAUACAUAAGCAUGAGCUGCUCGUUUCAAAUGUCGAUAGUCCAACUAUGGAAUAUUUGAAAUCCAAGGCGUAUGCACUUGGUCAAGUUAUUUUACCUUCUGAAGAGUAUGUUUCACUUCAGAAUUCAAUCAAAUCUCCUUCAUUGGAUUAUUUACAAGAUAAAUCUCGUGAACAAAACUCAGUUCUUAUUAACCAAGAUGAAUAUGAAACCAUGGUAAAUAGCUUAAACCAACCAAGUUUGGAUUAUCUUGUCAGAUCAGCCGAUACUAAAGGAUUUGAAUUAGUUGAAAGAAAAGAGUAUUCUAAGUUGGUAUCAGAUUUGAAAGAUCAUGAUACUAUUAAUUUAGAGAAAUUACAAAAGAUGGCUUCUCAUAUUGAUUCUUCAGUGGUUCCUACUAAUGAACUUCAUCAUUUACAGUCUACAGUUGAAAAUCCUCCAUUAACAUUCUUAAAAGAGAAAUCAUUGGCGCUUGGUCACACUAUUGUUCCCGAUGACGAGUAUAAUGAUAUUACUUCACAAUUAAAAGCUCCAAGUAUUGACUUUAUCAAGGAAAAGGCUGCUGUAAAUAAAUUGGUUGUGGUUGAUCAACAAGAGUUUGAUGAAUUAAAAGAUCCUAAUGCUGAAACUAUUACUAAACAUGGAGAAAGAUUGGGAUUCAAAGUUGUUGACAAAUCAAAUUACAAUUCUUUGGUUGAUCAAGUUGAGCAUCCAAGCAUUGAAUUCUUGGAAGAACAUGCUGGCAAACAGAAUAUGGCUUUGAUUCUGAAUACCGAAUUCGAUCGUUUACACGAGAACAUUUCCUCACCAUCUGAGUCUUACCUUAAGGAAAAAUCUGCUGCGUUAGGUCUUUCUACAAUUCCAGAUCGUGAUUUACAAGAGCUUCAAGCGCUUGCCCAUAAGCCAGAUAAAUCUCACUUGACUACGGUUGCUGGUGCCUUAGGAUUAUCAGUAGUUGGAACAGAAUUAUACAACGAGUUACAAAAGAAUGCUGACACGCCAUCAUUGGAAAGACUUAAAACUCUUAGUGAUGGUCAUGAUCAUAUGUUAAUUUCAAAAGGAAGCUUUGAAGAUUUAAGCGCCAAGGCAAAUAAACCAAUUGAUGAGAUUGCAAAGGAAUCAGGAUAUGAAUUAAUUUUACCUCUGCAACUUUCAAAUUAUAAAAAACAAAUUGAAAGUCCUUCAGCAGAAUAUAUGAAAGAAAAAGCUGGUGCAUUGGGUUUAGAAGUAGUAACUAUUGGUAAAAUGAAAUCCAUAAAAGCCGAAGCUAAUACACCAAUUGAAAAGAGAGCUAAAGAUUUUAAUCUUAAGUUGCUUACUGCUGAAGAAUACAAACAAUUAAUGAUUAACGCUGAGACUCCUCCUCUUGAAAGGAUUGAAGCUAGAGCUGCUGUGUUGGGUUAUUCCGUUAUACAUAAGGAUGAUUUGAAGUUACUUACUGCUAAUAAAAACAAGUCAAUUCAAGAUUUAGCAGAAGAACAAGGUAUGUCAGUAAUUUCAAAAUCUGAAUUAGCUGAUUUACAAAAUCUUGUGGAUUCUCCUUCAUUAGAUCACUUACAAUCGCAAGCUUCUGGAUUGAAUCAAAUACUUAUUACAAAAGAUGCACAUGAAAAGUUACUUGAAUCUAUUGAUAAUCCAGAUUUAGAUUACCUUAAAUCAAAGGCUAUGAAUCAUAAUCAAGCCAUUAUUCCAGUUGAUGAUCACGAAAAAUUAAUCCAAACUGCGAAUGAAACAUUAGAAGAAAAAGCAGUAAAUCAAAAUUCUGUUGUUCUUAGUCAAGAUGAACAUCAAGCUUUGAAAGACAAUUCUGAUAAGUAUCUUGAACAUAAGGAGUUAUCAGCUGGAAAAGUUUUGGUAGACGAAAAAGAAUAUUCCGAAAUUGUUGAACUGCAUAAGAAUCCAUCAAUUGAUUACUUAACAUCGAAAGCUGAAGCUUUAAAUAAGACCGUCGUCUCAAAAGAUGAGUUCUCCGAACUUCAAAGUAAAUCCAGUAGAAGUGUUGACGAAGUCGCCAAAGAAGCAGGAAUGGUGGCUAUUCUGGCUGCUGAAAUAGAACAACUUAAACAACUUGCUGAAAGUCCAUCUUUGGAUCAUGUUAAGAGCUUGGCCGAAAAGAAUGGAUGUAAUUUGAUUCCUAAUGAUGAACUCAGUUCAUUAAACCAAAAGGCAUCUGAACUGAUUGAAGAGAAAGCAUCUAAAGAAGGAAAAGUUGUUGUUGAUCUUGCAGACUUUAACUCCAUACAAGAACAAGCAACAAGUCCAAGUAUCGAACAUUUGAAAGAAAAAUCUGCUUCACUUGGUUACGCUGUUACUGAGUCGGCUAAAUACAAAUCCCUUGAAGAUGAAUUAAAUGAAGAUCUUGCUAUUAAAGCCAAGAAACAGAACAUGGUCAUUCUUACUGAAUCUGAACAUAAAGAGUUAUUAACUCCAAGUCUUGAGAAGAUUGUUGGAUUAGCAGCUGGCUUAGGUAGUGUUGUUAUUGCAAAGGAUAUCCAUAACGAUUUGGUGAAUUCAUCCAAGAUUCCUCUUCCUGAAAGAGCAGCAAAAGAAAACAUGAAGGUCAUUUCAGAUAGUGAAUAUCAAUCGUUAGUUACUCCAUCAAUUGAUAGAUUAACCGCUCAUGUCGAAAAUAAUAAUUUCGCAAUGAUUGGAAAAGAUGAAUUAACAGAUUUGAAGGCCAAAGCCAAUGAAUCACUUGAAGAUAAGGCAGAAACUGCUGGUGUUAAAGUAUUGAAAGCCGAUGAAUACGAUAGUUUAUUAAUCAAGGCUCAUAAACCUUCUGUGGAUGAUAUUAAGGAAAAAGCAAAUGAAAAUGGUUACUCUUUAGUUCUUAAAGAUGAAUUAGAACAAUUACAAAAACCAUUAGAUGAACGAGCUGCAAGUGAAGGAAAUGUUUUAAUCAAGCGAUCCGAAUACGAGGAACUUAAGAAAUCAUUAGAAGAAACCACAGCUGAACAAAAUAAUCAAACUACUGAAGAUUUCCAAGAUGCUGAAGAUUCAUUUGUCAUUAAUAAAGACGAAUUACGAGUUAGAGCCGAUAAGUUAGAUAUGAUAUUAUUAGACAAGGAACAAUACCAAACCGAGUUAUUAAAUACUCAACAACUUUUAACUGAGAAGGAAGCUGAAUUAUACAAAUUAAGAGAACCAAAACCAAUUACUAAAGAAUCUCUUUUGGAAAUGCUGUCAGGAAUGGAUAUGGUUGUCCUUGAUAAAGAUUUCUAUCAAAAGUUAACUGUUCUUUCGAAGAGAGCUGAAAAGCCACCUGUAUUAACCGAAGAACAAUUACGUGAAAAGGCAUCCGGAUUAGGAUAUAGUCUCAUUCUUGAAGAUAAACUUAAACAACUUCGUGCAUUAAGUGAUGCUAUUGAUAAUAAUGAUAAGCUUGUGGAAGUUGGUAAAUCAAAAGGAUUAUUAGUGAUUCCAAAUUCAAACUUUGUGGGAACUACUACUACCCCAGUAGCAACUUCUAAUAAUGUUAAAGUCAUCCCUUCAACUUAUUUCAAUCAAUUAAUAAGAUAUAAAGGAUUGUCUAUUGAAAAAGUGUCCGAUGAAGUAUUUAAGAAACAUGCUGAAAAGAGAGGUUAUUUCAAUAAAGAGAAUAUUCCUGAAGAUUUAGAAGCAUUAAGAGAUUUACCAUCACCAAAUGUACCUAAUUUCAUGAGUACACCACCUCGAACUAAAAGUAAGGAAGCAAAAGUUACUCCAACACCACCACCAAGUAACUUCUCAAAUCCUAGUCCUGCAAUUCCUCAAUCUAUAUCGAUUAAUUCUAAUAUGUCACAUUAUUCUCGUGCUGCCCCAAGUAUUCAUGAUUCAAUUGCUUCAGCGGCUAUAUUUUCCAUGGCUACUAAUGUUUCUUUAACUGAUAAAUCAAUGAUUCCUGCUAUUACUCAAGUUGUGAUUGGAGAAUAUUUAUUCAAAUAUUUCCGUAGAUUAGGAAUUAAUUCCGUUACGGAAAAUCGUCAUGAAAGAUAUUUUUGGGUUCAUCCAUAUUCAUUAACUCUUUAUUGGAGUGAAUCUAAUCCAAUAUUAUCUAAUCCAUCUCAAGUUAAAACUAGAGGUGCUGCUAUUCUUAAAGUUGAAAGUGUGGAUGAUAAUAAUCCUUUACCUACUGGAUUAUAUUAUAAGAGUAUUAUCAUUCAUUCUACGGAUAGAAAGAUUAAAAUCACUUGUCCAACGAGACAAAGACAUAAUAUUUGGUUUAAUGCAUUAAGAUAUUUAAUUGAUCGAAAUGUGGAUGAAUUAUCAUUUGAUAAUGGUAAUACUACUACUAAUAGUAAUCAAUCUGAUCAAUUAGAACAACCAUUUGAAUCAAUUAGAAAAAUGAAUGAUGAUCUUUAUGAACAUACUGAAAGACAUUCUCAUCCAAGACAACAACAAAAGAGAAUUAGUUCAACUCCAUCCAGAUUAAUGCAUAGUCCAUCACUUUCAAAAUUAGGGAGAUUUAAUUCGGGAAGACGUUAAAUAAAAAAAAAUAGUUUUCUACACAUACAAUUACUCUUUCUAUAUAUA